GAGCUUCACUUCAUUGGUUAAACUACCCACAUGCAAAUGUGUUGUCACACAAAGGUCCAGCCUCAUUCCCAAACUCUUCACAUAAGCUCCAGAGAGAGAGGAGAGACAGACUUGGACUACGAUCAUCUCUUUUCUUUUUCUCUGAUUUGUUGAAACACAAUAUAUUAUUCUGAAUUUGCUGCAGCUGCUCAAGCAAAGACAACUGACUGACAGUGUAAAAUCUGAGAAUGAACUGUACAAGAGUUCUCCAUGCCUUUGGUAGUCACCCCAAGCCCGCUGUGAUGCCGGUCGACCUCGCUGUGUGUCUGAGCCUCAGUCAGCGCCAGCCUCUUUACCAGCUGCUUUCCAUGUCCCCUACGAAACCGGCAAAGCGUCCCUGUCAGCCGACCGACAGCCUGCCGAAGACCAGCCGUCAAUCUCCAUAUCUCUCCACUUUUUCUUCAUCCUCCUUGCUGCUCUCCUCACCUGUGCCCUCAGAGCCUCGGAGCUGUUUCCGCAGAGACAGCGGCACUGUGAACAAAAAGCGUGUGGUGUUUGCAGACGCGAAGGGAUUGGCGCUCACUGCUGUGCGGCUAUUCAUCCCUGAACCUUCCUCUACCACUCCUGCUCUGCUGAUGAAACCCUUGCCGGCCAAACUGCAAGCCCAACAGUCAACCCCAAACAACCUGCGGCGCUACAAGUUGAGGCUGGCCUUCCCUCAGCCGACACUGGACUUUAAAGCCUUCCUUGCACGUUUGAGAGAGAUGCAUGUACAACUGGAAAGCUGCAACAUUUCAGAACGCUCUCUGAGUGGCAAAGUGUGUGUCUCCCAUGUCAGUAUUGAGAAAGCUGUGCAUAUAAGGGUGACCUUUGACUCUUGGAGGAGCCAUCAUGACAUUCCCUGCACAUUCCUGCAGCAGCUGCGCUGUGGGGGUUCUGAUAUGGGUGUUUUUGCCUUCGACUUAAGCUUACCCCAGAACAUCGAUCCAAAGGAGCGGAUCGAGUUUUGUGUGUCCUUCAGGCCGGGACCUGGUGUAACACCACACUGGGAUGACAACAGAGGGAAGAAUUACAGGGUGUGCAUGGAUGCAUCAAAUGCUAACCAAAGCGAUGCUAACCAUUUCUACCCGACACUAUCAAAACAUCAGUCACCAUCUUGGCCUUCGCACGUGUCCCUCAGUAUGCAGAACUCUGCUGAUCUGCAGUAUCUUCAAAAGAGUUUAUCAAGGAGAGUCAGGGCAGAGUGGAAAACUUUGUGUCCAGCCAAGUGAAAUUAGCCUAUACGUUCUCCACAGAGCUAUGAGGAUAUGUAAAUAAUGUGAAUAUAUUAAUCAACUAAUAUUUAAAAGAGAGUGACUGCUUCUAGAGAUGUUUGAUCUUUCUCAAUUCUCAGUGUUAGAUGGUCUAUAGCCUACUGUUUAAAAAGCAGCCCAACCACCCUGCUGAAAUGUGAACAGCACAUACGUCAUUUUUGUUCUGAUUAAAAAUCCAUUGUUUUUUAAAAGCUUUUCUUUCUCUUUUCUUCCCUCUGUAGAAGAUACAAACAAAUCAUUCUAUACCUGUCCAUUUACAAAGUGCACUGUGCAAUAAUAGACAUUGUAGAAUGACACAUGAGCCUUGAUUAAGAUACCUGGGCCCUAGAGGAAAAAGUGAAAACAUGAAACCUGUUUUUGUCUCGGAGAAAACAUACGUCACAUGGACAAAGCGGUUACUCCGAGAACCUUUUGUACUUGCAGGUACUAACCCAAUUUUCUCCAAGCAUAGUGAAUGAACGGCCAUGCUCAUGAUGUACUUUCACACAGCCGUCCAUUCUCUCGACUCAGGCUCAGAUUUCCAUCUCGCAUACCAGACAGAAUAAGUCAACAAUUCAACACAGAUGGUUUGCACAGGAGAGUCCCUUCACUCAGACACUAGUCACUCCCCUACCUGCUGUGAAAAGUUGAAUAACAUGCUGGAAAUCGUUACUUCUUGUACUGUACAUGAUUGGUAUGGUAAAUAGUGGGUAACCAUGGCAGCAUCAGAGCAAGCGAGUACUCUGGAUAAUGCGUGGGCUUGUGUUUACAUGCAAGGGCGGGGUCAUUAUUAGACACUGCGGCAGCCAACUGCUGUGAGACAGUGUCUCUCUCGCUGCUUCUCCUGUUCUACUCCUUCUUAGUCACCUCUCUGUUAGACUUGUUUCUUUGUCUUUCACUUUUCUCUCAGGUUCAUAUCCUCCUGGCAUAGGGGUACCGCCUUUGGGAAUUGUCACAGCUGAGUUUCCAUGGCGCAUGUGAGCGGUAGACACAUGUAGCAAGUUUACGCACAUUGUAUCUUGAAGCACUUAUCUAUUUAUUAGACUCAGCAGUGUUGAGUUGGUACCUGGUGUUACAUGUGGGGGGGGGGCCUCCUGACAUCUAGUGAAUGAGAAGCUAAAUAAAACCCCAGAGGAACGAUACAUUAUCAAUGCUAGUAAAUGGAUGUACUUCUAGUUCAUCUGAGAGUACAACCAAGUUUCUAAUGAUCUUUACUAAUAUUUUGCAACUUGGAUUCCAGUGUCAAGCAGAACUUUAAGUUCGCACGAUGCUGAUUAAGCGCCAGGUUCAUCUCUUUGUAUUUCAUGGUACACCGCAUUUUUAAAUCUAGUGGCAUUUCGUGCCAGAGUACCGGAAGCGAUGUGUUUUAUGUCAACCAACAAUGAUUUGUUUGCCAGAGCCAAGAAAAGUUUCUGAUGCUCCAGGUAAAAAAGAAACUCAGUUCAUUCCAGAAGUAAGGCACGUAAACACCAUGGUAACACCAGCAUCUAAAAUGGCUAAAAGUAGUGGCAAUUUAUUUCAUUUCGAUGGAAUUGUUUGCAAUUAGGGGCAACGUUAAUCUGCAAAAUUUUUUUGCAUCAAACUUUGAUAAAUGUUAACCCGUGCAUUUGUGCUGGGGAACAAUAGCAUGCCAUCUUCACAAUGAGUCAGAAAGUCCAAAUUAGCUGUGCUGCAACAUUCACUCUUGUUUAAACUCCUCUGUCAGAGUCAAAAUAAUCUCACAAAAGAGCAGAGAGUUACUACCAUGAAACCAGAGUCACUGGUACAAGUACAUUUCUUCAGUGAACUGUGUGAACUUACUAUCCCAUUAGCUAUAUUAUAAGAUACUGGAAACCAGUCCUCCCACAAUCCAAAGACAUGCAGGUUUAGGUUAAUUGGUGACUCUAAAUUGCCUGUAGUUGUGAGACCUGUCCAGGGCCCCCCCACCCCACCCCCCACCAAUAUAUGGAUAAGGGGUAUGGCUAACGAAUGAAUGAAUAUAUUGUAACCAGUCUUUCCCAGUUCAGAGUGGUGAGUGCAAUCACUCAAUCUUCAGUGAUGAAUUGAAUGGCACUGUGGUGUAUGACAUCCAGCGGUUUACCGCAAAGGAUAUCUCCAUAAUCCAGUGUGGUUAGUAAAGAGUAUGAGUUGUGUGAGGGUUUUUUUUUUCUUCGUUUCUACACAGACAAUCAGUGUGACGCACAAAACAGUUCUGAGCAUAAAGGUAGUGAAACAGAGCCUGAACUCGUAGGUGUUGAGUGACAGAAAAAAUACAAUAAUGUUUGACUUGUUUUCUCCUUCUCUCUGUCUCCCUCUCUCUCUCACUCUCACACACUCAC